AUGGACGCUAAACUUAGUAUUCCUACUGCUCCCGCCUCCUCCCAAGGAUGGAAAACAUUCGUCGGACUUCGCAUAACCAUUAUCGUUUGCAGCGUCUUGGUUCUUGCUCUCACUGGUCAGCCAGCAUCGACUAACAAUGUCAUUCCGCUGCUCUUCCUCGGACCUCCGGCCGGUCUCUCAAUCAUAUGGUCCACAGCGGACGCAUUAUCCUAUGUCUUGCGGCGUACCCAUCGGGGCAUAACGCCUGGUGCCCGCGUGGGCAUGGACCUGAUCAUCUCGCUCGCCUACCUUUCCCUCGAGAUUGUCAACGGACUUCUGGAGACGGCCUGGACAGACGAGGAGUAUCCCUCGAACCUGAAGGAAGCAGAUCGCAUCCACGCCAUGGUUUCUGCGGCGCUUGCUUUUGGCGGGAUUGCGACAAUUAUUCACAUUGGCCUUUUCAUAGUGGCAUGUGUGGAAACGCAUCGCGAGAAUACAGAAGUCAAGGUGCUGAGGGCGAAUGCUUUGGCUCUUAACGAUAUGUAA